GACCCGUGCGUAGACGCAGCAAAUCCUCCUCCACCACGCUACUCUCACGCGUCACGCUUCCCUUGCCCGCCUUCUCUAUCCGGCUAUCCCUAUAAUACAGGAAUGAAUAAGGAUUACGACUCAGCAACAAGACAGGACUACAGAAUCAUUCAUUCGAGUCAGAGAGUUGCAACAACCUCCCUCCAACUUCUCGCCUCGCUCAUACUCAUAUUUCACGCGCGCGCACUACUACAGUCUACAGGUAGAGGUGCAGGUGAAAAAGACGACUUUGUAGUUUGGAUGGAUGGAUCAUUUGAUGAUGGCAAGUGAAUCCGUUUAAAACAUGUGAAGAAGUGUAUGUUGCGGCUAAUCCAAUCCGCUUUGGAAUUUUUGGUGUCCGUUCAUGGACAUAUGCAGCAGCAGCAGCAGUAUUGCUAGCUAGCACAUCGACACCGGCACUGGCUACUGCACCCAUCCAUCCAAGCUUCAUUUAUUUUUAUUUCCUUAUACUGCAGUUAGUAGCAAGCGAUUAUUCAACCAAAACCUCUCUCUCCCCCCCCCCCCCCCUGUGGCUCUUCUGUUGGUGGAUGAUGAAUAGACGACACAGAUGAUGGAGUUGAUUGGAAUUUGUUGCUCAAGUCUGAGUCCGGAAUGUGCUGUUGAAUUACUACCCUCCCGCUUCAGCUUCAUCAAUUCGUCCCCAACACCUAGCCACCACCGCCGUCGUCAUCAUCAUCAUCAUCUUUUCAGGCGGCCUCCCAUCCACGCUACAACUUACCACUCCUUCCGUAAUCCUCCUCCUACUAGUGCUACCACUUCUUCUACUUGUUAUUCGCCCCGGCGGCGGAGCAGCAGAUCAAAAUUUGCCUGUUGUUCUUCGCUGCCUAGACCACAACCUCCUGCUGCUGCUGCCGCCGCCGCCGCCGCCUCGGAAUUCCAGGGGGACAGCGGCAGUGCUUCUAGUAGUCCCGAUGAUUCCUCCGUUGCUGCUGCGGAGGACGAUUUUAGUCACGUCAUCAAGUUCAACAUGUCCGACUUCAACAUCUCUGACCGCGUCAGCGUUGGCCUUACCAGCCGGGCGGACGAGGUUAUCUUCGAAGCUACCGUCAAGGAUGUUAAUAAUCCAUUAUAUAACACCAAAGUUGUGCUUCGGAGGCUCACAAGUGCUCAGGCUAAGCGCAGAGGACGGAGAGCCAUAGAGGUGUUGAGGAGAUUGGCUCGUCGUAGAUUAAUGUACCAUUCUUACUCGAUGCAAGUUUAUGGAUAUGUCUCUUCAUCUUCCACUGGUGACACUGGCGCAUUUACGCUAGUCCAUGGGUAUCAUGGCAGUUUUUCUUUGAGACAUUGGCUCCAACAAUCUGACUGGUUUCCCACUUUGGAAGCUACUCUUGCUCUAGAUGAGGAUUCUGCAAGAAAAGUGGGUGACGAUACUAUUGGUGGGCCUGCCGUUUCUCGACAAUUGCGACUUAUUCGGGUUUUGAUGAGGGAUCUUUUGAUUGGGGUCAAUUACUUGCACAGCCAUGGACUUGCCCAUACAGAGUUGAGACUGGAAAAUUUGCAUAUUAGCCCUGUGGAUAAACAUAUCAAAGUGGGGAUACUGGGAAAUGCUGCUGAUCUUUAUGAGAGCUGUUCGGAGACAUUAAAUAGCAAAAUCGAUCGGCGAGAGAUGAUGAUUGCAUUUGACAUGAGGUGUGUCGGGUACAUUAUGGCUAAAAUGGUGCUGACGGAACUCAUGGAUUCAUCGGUAUUUAUGAAGUUUAAAGCAUUCCUCACCAAGGGAAAUGAUUCCUCCUGCUUGCGUGAGUUCCUAUUGCCUACUAUCUAUAGGAAUUCCUCAUCUGGAAAUACUGGAAUCCAAAUACUUGAUAGAAAUUGGGGUGCAGGUUGGAACUUACUAUCACUUCUCCUAGCAACCAAACCUUCACAGAGAAUAAGUUGCUUAAAAGCCUUGAGACAUCCUUUCUUAUGUGGACCAAGAUGGAGGAUAGACCCGUCAAUGGACAUUAUCAAAUGGAACCUCGGUUCAACUGCAGUUCGAAUAACAGAGGAGUACAUUUAUAACCAGCAGCAGCGGAGAAGGCUUGCCCAUUUUAUCGAAUUAAUGGAGAUGUUGAAUCUGCAUUCAAAGCCAAGGGUAACUUGUCAUUGGUUGGAAUUACUUCCUGGAAAAUGGCGAUUUUUGUACUCCACUGGUCGGCACAUUGGCUUGACCCUUCGUCAGCCUCCUAGUCGUGUUCUUAUUGGCGAUGUCCGCCUUACAGUGUCUAAAGCUUCAAUACCAAACGCAAACUUCUCAGUUGUCUCUGAUGUUGAAUUUACUGUUAUCGUUGGCCGUGAUUGGCCACAUAACAAGGUUGGAGUAAGUGGAAAACUGCAAGUGGAGUCCUUCUUUAGAUUAAAAUCUGGGAGAAGGAUAUACUUGGAUGCGGAAGACUCUCCAAAAAGAUUUCCAUCAUUAACAGUGAGUGCUGAGGGUUCCGUUCUGAAAAUUUUAUCCAGUAAAAAGUGGAAGAAGAUCAUUCCGAUAAAGGAAUUUCCUUCCAGCCUUCCAGUUGUAAAGCUUGUGUCUGGUGAUAUUGGGCUGACAAUGAUGCUAAAUGGCCCGUUGGGUAGUGAUGUUGAAAAGGCACAGCAGGUAAUACAUGAACUGCGCACACAAAUUCCGCCUGAAAUAUUUGAUCUUUCAAAAAUUGUUUGUGGAACAUACGUGGAUUCUAGGUUGCUUAUUCUCAGGAGUGUCAAUGGGUCGGCCUUGCUCUUUACAAGGUCGUGUAAAUGAUGAAAUUCACCAUUAGGCCACAUGUAACUGUAAAUAUAGUUGUAUUUUGUUUAAUUGUGUUAAAAACUUUUCUCUU